GUCCAGUUGACUGUCUUUUAAGCGGUCACCCCAGAUGAGAAGUCAGCUUUCUCUGCAUGCACUGACCGACCGACUUCAUCUUGAUUCCCUCCAAUGGCGCCGAUAGAGCGAGGGGGCUCUCGGAUUUUCAAUUAUUUGGGACUGUUUCUGCUCGCCGCUCAUUUCUUCUGCCAAUGCUCCAAAGCGGCGAGACUCAAGACGGCCGACUCCCCGUCGAAUCCGGACGAAAGUCGACUUCUUUACAACGGCAGGCUGUUGGUGUUCUGGAAGAAUCAAGACGCAAGUGAUGUUUUGGACGUGCAGGAUUCGGAUUAUCAAGCAGAUAUGGGGUGGGACGUGUACAGGGAAACUCUCAUGCAAGAUGAACCUUUUUCCAAAUCUGGCCAAACGGUGACGGAUCAGUUAAUUAAAAUGGAUCCAAAGGUGGAAUGUACGGCCGACUCUAUGAAACUCGUCGCUUCUGCUCCUGGCUCUCUGAUUUUUGUGGACAGAGGUAGUCUAUCUCCAUUGCCGCUAUCCAUGCUACCCCUAAGCUGCGGUUACAGCGUCGGCUCAACUUCAUCAAAUAUCCUCUUGGUUGCACCUUAUAAUGGCUGUUUUGUCACUCAUGAGGAGGAUUCUUAUGUGCUAGCGUUGCUUUGGUGGGGCUUGGCCGUAAAGAUGACUUGCCCUUUGAGCGCAUCGCCAUCCAACCCACCCAUGGUUACCUGCCAUCCAGAAGGCAUGCUUGUGAAAACAAAAUGGACUACUCCGCUCUCUGACAUUAAAAUAAAUGUGACUGGGCAAUGGGAGCUGCUCACUGCCUUAUUACCCAAAUGUGCGAUUAGCAUUGUGGAAGAUGACGAAGGAGUGCUUAUAGAUGUCCGUUAUGGUCCAUGUGUGGACAAAAAGGAUGGGAUGUACACAUUUGAAUUGGCAGGGGGAGAAGCAAUACAGGUUUCAUGUCCAUCUGUGGUCAAAGGUCUGCCUGAACCUACAAACGGCCAAACAAUGACGCAAACUGAAUCCCCGAAAAGGUGGUUGUAUCCCUCACACCCAUUGUAUAAUUUGCCUUCAAAUCCUGGCAAACCUGCGGUACCCCAUAAGCCCGUGCCAGCUCGAAAUCCAUCUCAAAAUCCAGGCCUCCCUGAAAAUAAACCACACAAUCCGGCACCUGAACCACUUGAUAAUAAAUUGCCAUCUUAUCUCUUCCCCAAUCCAAUUGGUUCUCCUGCUACUGAACCUGUCAAAAAACCCACACCUGAAGCAUUACCAGGUAAACUACACGAACCAUAUUAUCCACCAGCUGAAAAACCAAACAAAGAUGUCAAGAUUCUUUCACCCGAGAACCCCCCGAAGAUGCCAGAACCUGAAGACGCUUCUGUCGUUCCGAAGAAACCUUACUACCCUUUCUUGCCAAAUCCAUGGCCUAAUAAUCCAAGCAAAGAGUUGAAAGCGGUACUUCCAACAAAGCUAACGCAACCCGAUGUCCUUGGUGAGCCAUCGGAUCCUCUAAAUUCUAAAAAUAAACCAAGCAAAGAUACAGAGGCUGCACCUUCAGAUCAUUUGAACAAACCAGAUUAUCCCUUUUUGCCAAAUCUACAUCCUGGAAAAAAGCAAACCACACCUAAAGAGAAUCCAUAUUACCCCGUGAGACCUGAUGCAAAGCCUACAAAAUCUCCAAAGCUCAUUUACCCCCAAAACCCUGAGGCUACAACAGUUGGAACUGGGGAAGAACUCGAUCCCUACCUCUUUCCAUUUCCCCCAGACCCAGAAAAUGAAUCAGAGGCUGAAAAACCACCUGGUAAAAUACACCAGCCAGGCAAUUCCUUUCCUUCAAAGCCCUUAUUUGGUUUUGGACUCGAUCCAAAUGACAAGCCAAUGCUAGCUCCAAAACGGCCAGAGGAGCAACCAACCUAUCCACGUUAUCCUAAAGAACCAGGCAAAAGGCCUAUUCGUAAACCUGAGAUCGCUCCCGGUCCAACGAAGCAACCUCCAGUUUCAUCCCCGAACAACCACAUGCGUAACCCCAAAAAUCCUGAAGUUACUCCAGGUAAAGUGAAACUGCCACCUAAUCCGUUCCACUACCCACUUGAUCCUAAAGAACCAACCAAAAAUCCAAUGCAGGUAACUCCUGGAGAAGUGGAUGAUUCGCUCGAGCCACAUCACUAUCCACCUUACCCUGUUCCCGGUCUUGGAGCACCCAACGGAAAACCAAAGCCUAAUCCAAAUAAAGGGAAGCAAUCAUCCAAUCUAGAUCCAUACCCACUUUACCCUAAUCCUGAAGCCACCAGAAAGCCAGAGACUGAUCUAGAAAAGCACGAGGCAACUCUGGAGGAAGUCGACGAGCUAACUGAUCCUGAAACAUAUGGAUUUUACCCAAAGCCCAAUCCUCAAGGACCCACUAAAACUCCGCAAGAGCCUGAGGCCACUCCAGGUCAAGUGAACGAGGUAACCGAUCACGAUCCUUACCCACUUUUUCCAAUGCCCAGUCCUAAAGAAACCACCAAAAACCCAAUGUCUAAUCCAAAAAAGCCAGAGGUUGAACAACCAACUGAUCCAUACUCCAAUCCACUUUACCCUAUGCCCAAACCUAAAGAACCAGCCAAAAAGCCAAUGCCAGAGCUGUGGCCAUUCAAACCAGAAAUGCCUAUAGUCCCUCCCGGGCCAUUUAAGCAGCCAACCGAUCCGUACAAUUAUCCACCCUAUCCUAAGCCAAAUCCCAAAGAAUCUGCCAAAAAAAUUCCAAAUCGAUGGCUGUACAAACCAAAACGCCCUGAAGUCGCGUCUGGGGCAAUGAAGCCACCUCAACACCCCUUUCCGCUUUACCCACGGCCCAGUCCUAAGGAACCAGCCAAAAAGCCACUGCUGUUGAAACCGCAUGAGCCCGAGACCCAACCGUUUAACGUGAAGCAGCCAGUCGCAAAGCCUGCCUUGCUCCCCGAAUUACCUUCACGCCCUUCAAAAGGUGGCAAACCGCCACAUAAUCCCUAUGUGGUUUACCCGAAACCUGGCUCGGAAGAAUUGCCUAUGCCCAGCUUGGAAGAAUUGACCAAAGAGCCAUUAAUUUUUCCACAGACACCAGACUUGGAACAACCUGAAGUCUCCGGUCAUGUGCGACAACAAACUAGCCAAAUCAGUCCAUUUAAUGUGGUCAAAAAUCCACCAAAAUCUCAUCUCCCUGGAAAUGUUUAUCAGCCUCUGGAACAUCAAAAACCAGACGGCGAAACACCUGGUGUUAAAUGGCUUCCUGAGAAACCCAAAGGUGAAAAACCUUCACCUAUCAGACCUCUGGAGGAGGCUAAAAAGCCUGCAACCAAACCUCUGCAGUCCACCAACAGUGCUGUGGUCCCCCCAGGUACAAAACUGGCUUGCUCUGAAUUGUGCCCUGAUGGUUUCCCAAAUUGCUGCCCGCAAAUUUCUUUCCACCAGCAUCUUUAUCUCUCUUCUGCCGAAGAACCCGAUAAAUUGACUCACGUAAUGUCGCGAGAACUUCCUUUUGUUGCUUCCGUAGCCUAUUACAGACCUGGGAAAGGUGUCGGUUAUAGUUUGUCUGCUAAAAUAAUGGAUGAAGUAGCAACUUAUCCUGAGAAAGCGGCAGACUCUGUUCCUGAUAAAAAGCCACCAUCUCACCAGACUGAAGGUGGCGAUUCAUUGCAGUUUCCAGAAAGCUAUUCCAACACGGUGCCAGCUUCUGAAGCUCAGAGUGACCUGCAUUUGGCUAAAUCUAACUUUCAGGAUUCUAAGCGGUCGAAUGAGAACGGUCCCGAUUUACCACGAAGCCGCUUAUCACCUCAAGUUCUGCCUUAUGUGGUUCAGAAUCCGUAUCGAAAGGCACAAAAUGGGCACCCGAAGAAGCAAAACUCAAAUCUUCUGGCAUCGCCACAUGGGUUCUUACUUGGAUCUGACAAGCAGUUUGGCCCUUCCCACAUGCUUAAUGAUGCUGAAGCAGCAAAAAACACUUCGUUCCUGUGGAAUUUACCUUAUCGUAAUAGGGCCAAAGAGUCCUUGCAUGAUCAGAUUGGUCAUUCUUCUGAACCAAAACGUUAUGUGCUACUCCAUCGUGGUCCACCAGGUAAGGAACCCAAAGGGUUAGCGGAAUCUAAAGAUUUCAGAGUCGACGUCUACGACCAAGCCGUCCCGGUCCGACAUCACGCAAGGCUUCGGCACGAUGGCGCCUGGUAUCGGAAACCUCGGCUCGCUGACGGACUGAGCGAGUCUUCAAAAACGUACUUCAAACCUCGAACAAAUCUGUCGUACUUUCCUGGAUCAAAAGAACAGAGCUGGCCGGCCGGCCGACAAGGAUUGGGCCAUCACGGUGAAGAAGAGGUCACAAGAUGAUUUGACUUCAAUUAGUUUCUAAUAAACUAUUGACUUUAUCUUGGUGUUCAUUGUUGUUAAUGAAUUUAUCACUUGUAGAUUUCCAAUCCAUUUGAAGUAGAUUUGU